UAGGAGGUCCAGGGCCCAAGGCUGUGGUAAUCUACUUGAAUCAACGAAGCAGAAUGCAGGCAUCAGCCUCCCAGGAUAAGAACCGGAGGAAGCCAGGCCAUAAUGAAGGUGCUCACAAUCCUGACUACGAGAAUAUAACCUUGACCUACAGAAACAAGGACCAGCUCAAACUCAAUCAAUCAGCACCCACGAAACAAGCCCAGCUCAAGCCGUCACUGGCCACAACUCAGAUCCCACCUUGGUUGCACCGAACCAUCAUGAUCUUGUAUGUCCUCCUUGCUCUCAUUUUUUUAUCAUGCAUCAUCCUCUCUGCUUUGGUUCUGGUCAAAAAUUCUGAAAUGUCCAGGGAGCUGUGGAGCUUGAGAGGGGAGCUUUCGAAUGUUUCAAGCAUUGUCCUGAGCUGCCAGAACCAGCAAAGCGAUCAUUGGAAAGCUGUCCAGAAGGACAUCCAGGAGGCCAAGAAUAACAUUGUCAUGGUCUUGAGCCAAGUGCGGAGUGGAAAUGACAAGCUGAAGACGGUGCCAUCAGAUAUAACCGGAAUCAAGAAAGCCCUCGAGGCGUUAGAGAAGAAAGCACUUGCUCGGGCCUUUUACGACGCCGUCAAGAAGUUCCGCGGAACCUACGGCAGCCUGGUUCCGGUUGAGACUUUUCCGGGCCCGAGACUCUACUCCCUCGCUGGAGGGGCUCGUUUUUUCUCUGUGCGUCCGGAGCAGCGUUCCCGGGUCAGUCUGCUUUGGGUUUUCGGGGUGAUGCGGGUUCGGGGUCCUGGCCCUCGAACAGCUCAGCCGAGCAGCCGUGUGGCGCGCUCUGCCCGGAGUGACGAAGGCUGCACCCCCGGGAAGUCUUUCCUUCAACCUCGGAAUUCCAUUUCGGUCCCCAUUCACAGCUGUGGCUCCCUGAUGCGGGCACGGGAGGCCCGGAGGCUCCCAGCGCCGCCUCCCGGCUUCUCCACUAGUUUCCCCACCAUCCGUGCAGCUUUCUAG